AUGCGCCCCACAGGCAUGAGCCCAGCCUCUGUGGCCCUGGCCAGUGCCCUGCAGGCCAGGACGAAGCUCUGUCAGGAGGAGAUCUGGUCCCUCUGGUUUCUGGCUGCGCAGCGGCUCCUGGAAGACCUCUCUGAGGGUUCCUCGGACUACGUGGUCUGCCCCUGGUCCACCUUGCUUUCUGUGUUCGGAAGCGUGUCUUUCCAAGGCCACGUGUCUCACGCAGAGGCUGCUCGUCUCAAGGCCCCUGGACGGCUACAGCAGCAGAGCAGCAAGAGCAGCCCGGUGCAGCUCGGCCCCCCCGCCUGCGCUCACUCCGCACGGCCCUGGUCCACCAGCGUGCGCAGCCUUCGUGGGAAAGCCACUGCAGCUCCGGGAGCCCCUGCGCCGGGUUCUGCUGAGCAAGUGAGCUCCGUUCUGCCGAGCAUGUGCGCAGACCAGCCUGGCAGGCGGUGGCCGCUGCGCUCCGUUCUGGAAGCUUCCUGGCUGCAUGGGGAAGCGGCUGCACACCCAGUCUCUGCGCAUCUCCACAUCAGACAGCUGCUCGGCAUGGUUUGGGGCACCAUCUGCGAGGCCAGUCGCGCCUCCCGCUGGAGCUCCCCAGGACUUCCCGGAGAGCAGGCCCGGCUCUGCACCCCUCUCUCUGAGGGGGCACAUAGCCCAUGGCCAGACACUCCUUCUCCAAGGCGUUUCCUGCAAAGAAAGGCAAAGUGCUCCAGGCCGGAGUUGGUCCUGCUGGCUGCAGAGGCCCCGUGACUGCACCUGCCUGGAGCCAUCGCGACCAAAAAAGGGAAAUCCUGUUGGACCCUCAGGGACCUCUUGAGUGGGCAGAAUCUGGAGGUGAGAUGUGACAUCACAGCCACAACGGGGGCCAUCUUCAAUGCUGUCAUGUCCUUCGCCAAACUUGGGGAGCUCACCUACUUUGGCCUGGCCUACAUGAAAGGUAAGGAGUUCUUUUUCCUGGACAACAAAACCAGCCUGUGCAAAAUAAGCCCCGACGGCUGGGGUGACCGCUGCAUGUCGAGGUCCUUCUCGCUCUUCCUGAGGGUCCGGUUCGUUGUCAGCCACCACGGGCUGCUCUGUCAGAGCCAGACAAGACAUCUUUACCUGCAGCUUCGGAAAGACGUCCUGGAGAAGCUGCACGGCAGUGAUGAGCCGCGGCUGCGGCUGGGGGUCCUCGCCCUGCAGGCCGAGUUCGGCAGUUACCCCGAGAAGCAGGUAGGGACCCGGGCCUAUUCCCACGUUGACUACAUCCCAGCAGGUCUGAUGGAGACGACCUUUGUCGAGGCCCAGCUCCAAGUGUCAGCGAUGCACCGGCUCAGUCCUGUGCUGGGAGAGGAUGCUGAGCUGGAGUUCUUGAGGGUCCCUCAGCAGCUCCCGGAGUGAGGCAUGCUGGUCCACCGAGUUCUUCCGGACAAGGCACGGCCUGCAGGGGACAUGACCUUGGCCUGUGCCAGGGGUGUCAUAGUGUAUGAAGUGAAAGACGGCAGCAGAAUUGCAACUUUACGAUUUCAGUGAAGAGAAAUUGGGAAGAUUUCCACUUAUCGGAAGACGUUCACCAUCACAGGCAGCAUCACCGGGGAAAAGCACACGUUUGUCACUAAUUCGGCCAAGACCUGUAAAUAUUUACUGGGCCUCUGCCCCGCCCAGCAUGGCUUUGACGCUCGGAUGAAUGGACGAGCCCAGCCUCAUGAUGGCCCGUCAGCCUCGCCGUUUGGCCCUGAUUUUGCUCGCUGUGAUAAGUGUGUGCAGAUGGCCAGUUGGAGUCUUGCACACCUGGCGCAGUCCAAGCCGCUCCCUCGGACUCAGAGAUUGUAAUGCUCAGAAGACACGCUACCUGCAUGGAGGCUGGAGGACCCUGCCGAGGGCCUGCUGGGCACGUCACUGGACAGCGUCACCGUGGACACCCGCAGCGACACGGGAGCACUGGGCACUGGAGCCCCACACCGGCGGGAACAGCUGGAGAGCGCCUGUUUGGUCCAGAAGCCAAUGCCGUGUGGCCCUCUCUCUGGGCUGCCUGUUCGGAGUGUGUGCACAGGGUCACAAAAUAAGAGAACAGACUUUACAGCUGAACUGGAUCGAGAUAUCAUACAUGUGACACUGAACUGGGACCCACGUCGUGGUUUUGGUUUUGUCAUUAACGAGGGAGAAGAUGUAGGCAGAGUUGACCCUGGGGUCUUUAUAUCCUCAAUAUUACCUGGGGGACCGGCUGAAAAGGCUAAAACGAUCAAACCAGGAGGGCAGAUACUAGCCUUGAAUCACAUCGGUUUGGAGGGCUUCCCAUUCGACAUGGCUGUUAGAAUGAGUCAGAAUUCUCCUGACAACACAGAGCUACUCAUUUCUCAGUCAAGGCGUGCUGGUGGAAACACCCCGAGCGAGGAGAACAGCGCAGCCAACUCCGGGGUCUUCUCGCCAGGCAGCCUGAGCGACGGCCCCGGGGCUGUUGUUCCUCACACACAAACCAGUGCCAGUGGAAUCUACUUUGUGGACCCGGUUGAAGAAGAUGGGACCCUUGGGUUCAGCGCAACUGGCGGCAUUAACACAAGUGUGCUCUACAGAGGGAUCUACGUGAAAUCCAUCAUUCCUGGAGGACCUGCUGCCAAGGGAAGGCAGAUCCUAUGGGGCGACAGGCUCCUGCAGGUAGACAGGAGGUGUCUGCGCGGCCUCCCCCACGAGCAGGCCCUGCAGCGCCUCCAGGACUCAGCGCAGGUUGCAAGACUGGUCUUAGAGAGAAGAGGCCCCAGUGCGCAGCAGUGUCCUUGUGUUAAUAACAGGAUGGGAGUUGAAUGCACGGCUGUUUCCUUGGCAACAGCCUUGCCUGACAGGCCUGCAAGCUGUGCCCUGGUGACAGAUGGUGCGAGGUUUGAAGUCAAACUGAGAAAGAACGCCGGUGGUCUGGGGUUCGGUUUUGUGCAGCUGGAGAGAGACAGCUGCAGCCACCUCGAGAAGGCUGUGGGGAUCAAGCGGCUCUCCCCAGGGCAGCCCGCGGCGGAGAACGGGGCCAUCGCAGCCGGUGACGUCGCCCCGGCUGUCAAGGGAAAGCCUACCGCAGGCCACAUGUUCGAGCUCCCCUUCCCUGUCCAGCGGGUCUGGGCAGCCCAGUUUGCCUUAGAGGGCAGCCGGAGGGACAGCGCCUGCCCAGACGCAGGGGGCGGCCUGGACCCCCGGCCCCAGGCUUUCCAACAGGCCACCGGAGAGGCACAGCGGGGCCAAGACAGAAAGCGACGCUGGGCCUCUUCCCGGAUGCGUCCUGGGGACCCCCACCCUCACGGAUGCGGCCUGCACCGGGACACAGACGCUGCGCCGUUGGCCAGCGCUCUGGAGAGGGACGUGGGGAGGACCUGCUAUUCCCUUUGUGACAUCAGAAGACGUGAAACUCCUAAAUUGGACAAGGAUGAUGAGAAAGGUGACAUGAGCCAUCCACCCAAAGUCCCCUCUCCCACCGUGGAGGAUGAAGUGUUUCUCCCCAUCAACUGUACGUCGGAAGUCCAGCUGCCCUGUGGAGAAUGUCUGGAGGGCGAUUCAGGGAGCAUUCCCUUGCUGCAGUUCUGUUCCCCAGGCGCGCCCUCAGAGUCUUUGCUUCGGAAGAACCCCAUGACAGUGAGAGCAAAUGGGAAGACCUAG